AAUACUUUCCGAAACAAAGAUCUUUCGUCCUUUCUCUCUGAAAAAUGGACCUCGCAGGUGAAUCCACCAGCCUCGCAUCAUCCACCGUCGCUUCUUCUUCUUCCUCUUCCUCCGUAUCAUCAACCGACUGCGAUUCGCCACGUGGCGGAGAUGCAGAUCACGAACUGCUCCACACCACGACGGCGGUUUCUGUUUCUGUUUCUUCGUCGUCUUCAUCCGCCUCGAUUCAGAGAAUCCUCGGUUUGAUCCGAUCGGAGGAUCCGGAUUCGAGGCUGUUCGCGGCCAGAGAGAUCCGUCGGCUGACGAAGACGUCGCAUAGAUGCCGCCGACACUUUUCUCAGGCCGUCGAGCCGCUCGUUUCGAUGCUGAGGUUAGAGGACUCGCAUGAAUCGCACCACGAGGCGGCUCUGCUCGCUCUCCUUAACCUCGCCGUUAAAUACGAGAAGAACAAGGUGAGCAUAGUCGAAGCUGGUGCUUUAGAGCCAAUCAUGAACUUCUUACAAUCUAAUACCCCAACACUUCAAGAAUACGCUUCUGCAUCUCUGCUCACUCUCUCCGCCUCCGCUAACAACAAACCCAUCAUCGGAGCUAACGGAGUGAUUCCACUACUAGUCAAAGUCAUUAAACACGGAAGCCCACAGGCUAAAGCUGACGCAGUCAUGGCACUCUCCAACCUCUCUACGCUCUCCACUAACCUAACCAUGAUCCUAGCGACCAAACCACUCUCACCGAUCCUGAAUCUUCUCAAAACAAGUAAAAAAUCAUCGAAAACAUCUGAGAAAUGCUGUUCACUGAUAGAGUCCUUGAUGCUCUCCGGCGAGGAGGCGAGAAAGGGUUUAGUCUCAGAUGAAGGAGGUGUUCUCGCGGUGGUGGAAGUUCUCGAAAAUGGGUCACUACAAGCUAAGGAACACGCCGUUGGUGUGCUCUUAACAUUGUGCCAAAGCGAUAGGAGUAAAUACAGAGAGCCGAUUCUCAGAGAAGGUGUGAUACCUGGACUCCUCGAGCUCACGGUUCAAGGGACGUCGAAGUCUCGUACCAAAGCUCAGAGACUCCUCUGUUUACUAAGGGACUCGGAAAGCCCGAGGUCAGACAGGCCCGGCUCUACCCCAUGGCAACAUGGGCAAUUGCCAUGGGUCCAUGGGUCCAAAUUUUUUUUGUAUUAUUUUACUAGGUCUAUUUUGUUUGUUAAAUUAUCUAUGAGUUGGUAAAAUUAUAAUUAAAAGGUCCAUGAUUAACUAAAUCUAACUGAAAUACAAUAAAAACAAAAAAAAAAUUACCUUUCACUUUUCUCAUUUUUUUCAUUAACAAAACCUAAUUUACACACAAAAACUCAUUUUUCAAAAAAUAUUUGAACACCACAAUUUUUUUGUUUUAAUUAAAAGAAAUACAAUAAAUAAAAGUUGAAUUUUUUUUAUAAAAGGGUCUUUAUUUUAUAUUUUGCCUAAGGCAAAAAAAAAAUUUAAGACGGGACUGGGUCAGAGGUUCAACCUGAUACAAUAGAGAACAUAGUGUCGAGCUUAAUCUCUCAUAUAGACGGUGAUGAUCAGUCUGGUAAGGCGAAGAAGAUGUUAGCUGAGAUGGUGCAAGUUAGCAUGGAAAAAAGCUUGAGACAUCUACAAGAACGUGCUUCUACUCUUGUCCGUCCCUAAGACCUCGUUUCUCCAUGUCUCUUUGGUUUGAUUCUACAUCAUAUAUGCCAGUCCAGUGCCAACGUUUUGGUUCUUUUAGUGACUGGUUACUCAAAAGUGUUUAUAAUAAAAAGCUUUUUGUAAGUUGAAAAAGUCUUUGGUACAUUUCUAUAGAAACGUUUUUUAUUACUUCUAAAAAGUUUCAGUGUUGAUGCUGAGCCACUUGAACUA